AUGGGGGAUCGGCCCGGAGAGGGGGCGGAAGUACGGGCGGGGCUGGGUUUGGAUAGCGUGGUGGUACGGACCUCGGCGGAAGCGACGGGGAACCUGGUCGGUGUAAGCGAAGAGGUGGAGGGAGAGGGAGCAGAGCAGGUUGGGUUGGGGGAUGGGGUAGCGGCGGGGGGGAAAAGGAGAGAUAGUGAUGCUGCUGCUAGCGAGGAUGAGGAGAAGGGGGGAGGGGAGACGGAAAAGGUAUUGUUUGUGAAAGGACGUGUGAGCCACACGAGCAUGGAGGGCGGAAGCGCGGAUGUGAAUGAAGGGGUGUCGGCUGAAAAACAGGGCGAGUUCGGGUACGAGCUAAUCGCCGUCCUCCCAUUCGCCUUCUGGCACCAUCUCAACGGCUCCCUCCGCUCCACCACCUCCUGCGGGCGGCAUUCUUUGGCCUCGAUCUACUGCUUCAGCCCCAACCACACAGAUGACGCCACGUGUUAUCGAAGUAACAUGAAGGACAAUGUCGCUGCAUACGGGUUUCCUCAUGGCAUUCAUUAUAGUCGCAUCCUGCCAGCCUGGCAGCCGCCCCCUCUUGCACACUACUUCAGGAAGCUUCCGCCUGUGUGGCCGGAGAUUCCCAAGGGAUCCCGGUUGGUGGUGAUCGGGAAUAAAUACGAGCGGGAGUGGGGCCAUUCUCUGGUAAAUUUCAUCAAUAUACCGACUCUAUUGGGAAUCGUUGAGUCAUACUUAGAGGCGGGAUUUUAUGUGGUGUACAACAACCCAGGGAUGUCACUGGAGUCAGACCACUGGCAGGUUGUUAAGGACGGCACAGAUUUGGGGGACUAUGAUGCGUUACAGGAGCGGUAUGGGAAGAAUCCACGGCUGCAGGUCAUGCAAAACCUUCAAAAGCGGUGGCCAGACUUGGGGUUCAAUGACGUGCAGUUCAGGAUGCUAGCGCGGAGUGUGUGUUUCGUGAGUGUGCAGGGAGGGGGCAGCAUUGUGGAGAGCUUCUUUGGUGGAAAGAAUAUCAUUUACUUUCGUGAGGGUCAGGAGGUGAAAGGUGGGGCGUAUGAGAGGAUUUACCCGCACCUGUCGGGAGCGAAGUUGAAGGUGGUAACCAGUUAUGAGGGGCUGGUGAAGAAGGUGGAUGGGAUGAUCAAGAAGAACAAGUGCCAUGUGAAACUUCACUAA